AUGGCCAUUUCUGGCCAGUCCUACCAAUCUCAGGUGUGGGUCACCCCGGAUUCGAACCCGGGACAUUUGGUCAUUGAGUGCAACACUCUACCAUUGAAACACGGGCUCGUCGCUUUGUCGGUUGUGAUCAGGAAUAUGAUGGAAGUCCUACUUCACCGAGCCAUCUGGUUAGAGAACACACGCAACUUCGCGGAGCUCUGCUUUGGUUCCUUCAUGGGUCGCCCUAUGUCAUCAUCUACGUGUGCUGACCUCAUGUCCACUGCCGCCGCCUCCUCCACCGCCACUCAAAACGGCGUCUUCGGUGCCAGUGCAGCUAACAGCGUCCAGCAUCCCCAUCACAAUCAGCACGCCAUGCCUAGCAGUGCAGACUUAAAGGCAAAAAAGGCUCGACACCGGUAA